UUGAUUGUUUUGGAAAAGGUGGUCGAUGCCGGAUGCAGUAUUUAAAAAUCUGUAACUGUCCGUACUCGAUUUACCGAGUGUACUGUCUAAUGUCUACAGUUUAGUGCAUCGUAUAGUUCUUAGAUUCAUGUCGAACGUGUCGACUGUUUAUAGCCACUUCGUUUAGUUUCCGGAUAGCGGACAGACAUUUCGCCUUUGAUUUGCGCCCCUGUGGUGGCCAAGAUUCUACGCACAAACGGUAAUAUUCAAUUUUUCGAUUACCUAUCACUUUGUUGCAUUAUCAUUAUCACUGUUUACUAACACAAUCCACCCAAACACUCAACGUUGCUACUCUACAUAAGUGCAACUCGCCGUUCGUCGGCCGGUUAUUAUUAUUAUUAUUUUUAUUUAUUUUUUUGAUUUUGCUGUACGUCUGUAAAUACUAAAUAAUAUUAUUUGUAUCGUAUCAUUACAUAGUAUUAUAUUGUGCGCAAGAUGAGCGUCAAAAGUCUAUGGCUUUUGUUCGUGUUCAUCGGUUCUUCGUAUUCAGAGACUUACAGUGAAGAAUUGUUCAUCAAGCCCCUGGCCACCGGCUUUGUGUACUCGUUUUUUCAGUUUACAGUCAUUCGCGAAGAUGACUCUUUCAAGCAUUCCACUUUGUUCCCACACUCGCUGGGAGACAUAAUCGAUAGAUUUCACGUAGCAGAACUCAAUGUCGACCUUACGUCCGGUCUAUGGAGACACAAGUCCUGGGGUUAUCCGGCUGUCGACGCCCCAUCAGGCGCUGAGAUAUCCGCUCGUUUCCACAAUGACACACAGGACGUGGACAAACACUGGUAUGGCCUGACAAAUGCGUUAUCUGGUUUGCUGUGUACGUCGUUGAAUUUCAUCAACAGUGCUAAUAGCUAUGAAUCAUCUGCAGACAGGGUUUAUCGAUAUUCAAAUUUACCGCGUGAAAAUGUUUGUACUGAAAAUUUAACGCCAUGGAAAAAACUCUUGCCCUGCGAUUCUACUAGAGGCUUAUCGAGCUUGUUAAACUCUGGUCGAGUACACAAUGCUAACUAUCAUUCCUUGGGAAUACAUUUCAGGCCGCUAUGCAAUGCAGGGAAAUGUAAAUAUGAACUACGUCAAACCGUUUCUCUAGUGUAUGAUUCAAUAUUUAUAAGUUUUAACAACAACUAUGAUUGGUCUCUUCGCAAGAUGUUUGGUACUGGACUGUUCAAGACGUGUCCCUUGGCAGAUUAUAGUAAAAUCUAUUUAGAUACAUCAUCAAAUAGUAGUGUUCCUUAUUUGAUUUCACAAGAACCUGACUACUUUUUGAAAAACAAUAUUGCUGUUUAUAAUUUAAAUGGCAUAUUUCAUUUGUCUGCUAUAGUGCCUAGACCAAAAAUAGUUGUAUCUGAAUUACGGCCAUUAUUGUAUACAGACAGAUUUAUCACUGGAUUUGGACAAGAAUACGGGGGGCUAGUUACUCGUAUAUACAAUGAUCAUAAAUCACCUAUAACUGCCACUGUCAUCGAGAAUAUCCCAUGGUUCUUACCAAUUUAUUAUCACACAUUAAAAGUGACCAGCAAUGGCAUUCGUGUUAUACCUAAAGAUUUAAUCUAUAAACCUGGAAAAGGAAGAGUACGAAUCUACUAUUUAGAAAUAGUUUUAGAGCUUGCACCGCAUUCGGUUACAGAAAUAUCUGUUCAGUUUGACUAUGUGUUUUUGAAGUGGCAAGAAUAUCCACCAGAUGCUAAUCACGGCUUUUAUAUUGGCUCAGCUAUAGUGAAAGCAACAAUUCCAAGACAUGCUACUUCUCUUACGUUUGAUAAAUCACUGAUAAUAGACAAUCUAAAUUCAACUGGAUCCGAUUAUUUAAUUUGUUUGAAAACAGAAAAUUUCAUAAUUACACUUCCAACACCUGAUUUCAGUAUGCCUUAUAAUGUCAUAUGUUUAGCUUGUACUGUAGUAGCGUUAGCAUUUGGCCCAAUUCACAAUAUUACUACUAAAAAACUGAAAUUGACUACAGCUAAGUAUGUACCUGGAUUAGCGUCUGUUGCACAGAAAUUGUAUGCAUGGAUGGAAAAUAUGUUUUGGUGUGAAAACACAAAUAAAACAGGAAAAACAGCACCAGUUAAAGUAUUUGCUCCCGAAGAGUUGAGUUACCAUCCAACGCUAGGCCAUGUUUCUGAAGAAUUCAUGAAAAACAAAGUGGAUUAUGUAGAAUCAUAAUUGUAUAACUCUUGGUUUUGUUGUAAAUAUUAUAUAUAUUAUUUAAUUUGAUGAAACAAAUGUUACGUUACCAAAUUUAUUUGUUGUGUACAUUUUAAAUCUAAUACAUUAUUUUAUGAAAUAAUAUAAGUAUUCUAUAUAAUUACACUUUUGUCAUUUUUUUGUUAUAUAAUAUGUAUAUGCAAAUAAAAUAUUGUCUCAAUUUCAUUAAAUAACUUAUAAAAUGUUUUUAUUUUUGUAGAUUUAGUUUAUUUAUUUUUAUUUAUAAGUAUAAAUAUAUAAUACAUACCAUUUUCAGAUUUAACAUAAUUAAUCAUAUUAAUGCUAAUCUUAAAAUACACCUUUCUUGUUGUACUUUCAUAUCUUUCAUUUAUAUGUGUUAUUUAUUAUUCGUUCUUUGUAUUUUACAUGUUUUAGUAUAUAUUUUAAUAGCCACAAUAUAAUUAUUUAGUGAUAUUUAAAA